AUGUUGUUGGAGGAGGAAGAGAGGCGUGUCCGCCGGCGCCGGCGGGUGCUGUACUAUGUGCGGCUGAUGGAGGACCUAAGACAGCCCAGACCCCUGUACUGCAGGAUAAACCUGGCAGUUCCUGUUCUGGAAAGGUUUUUUGGCCAGGAAGACACAAGGCUGAGCAGAGAGUCCCUGGCCGUGCUGCUGGACCUGCUCCACCAGGAGCAGAGACACGGAUGGGGUGUCACAAUUGAGGCCUUGGUGUUCCUCUUCUGGCUGGCAAGUGGGGCAUCAUACAGGGUGGUCUCCAGAGUGUUUGGGAUGCCUCGUUCCACUGUCCACCGCAUCGUCCACCGAGUUACUGAGGAGGUGGUGGCCAUUCGCCACAAGGUCAUCCACUUCCCUAAGACCCCGGAAGACCUGGAGGCAGUAACUCGUGGGUUUGCAGGGCUGGCAAGACACAAGGCUUUUCUUAAAGCUGCUGGAGCAAUCGACGGCUGCCAUGUCCGGAUCAAGCCACCAAGCGGCCCUCAUCGUCAGUGCUAUAUGAACAGGAAACUGUUCCCGUCCAUCAUCCUGCAGGCUGUUUGUGACCAUCAGGGCCGCUUCAUGGAUACGAACGUGGGCUGGCCUGGGUCAGUACAUGACUCCAGGGUACUACGGCACAGCCCACUGUACCUCCGGGCAAUCUACCCUCCUCCAGGGCACUUCAUCCUUGCAGACGGCGGGUACCCGUGCCUCCAACAUCCACUCCCCCUCAUCACUCCCUACAAACGACCGGUAGAAGGUGUGGGAGCCCAGCGCUUCAACAGCCGUCAUUCCAGGGCACGCUCCAUUAUAGAGCGUGCCUAUGGAAUGAUGAAGACCAGGUUCAGGGCCAUCUUCCUCCAAGCGCUGGAGGUGCACCACACCUUUGUACCUCUGGUCAUAACAGCAUGUGCCGUCCUCCACAACAUCUGCCUUGGGGCCGGUGACAUCAUGGCCCUGGAGGAUGAGCCUGUGGAGGAUGAGGGAGAGGAUGAGGGAGAGGAUGAGGGGGAGGAUGAGGGGGAGGAUGAGGGGGAGGAUGGGUUGGAGGCAGUCAGCGGUGCUCCGUGGCGGGACCAGCUGUCUGCAGAGGUGUCUGCCCUGGAGGAGUUGCCAUGUGACCAUGAUUAUCUUUAG